AAAUCACCAUAUAGAAACAAGCAAUUAAUGUCGGCAAUGCCGCCGACGAUGAUAGUAGCCUCCUCGGCCGUCCUCUGCCUUGCCAUCGUGUACCGACUGUGGCGAGAAGUGGUGAGGGACCUCGCCGUCCUACUCUGGAAAGCAUCCGACGACCUCCAAAACCUGUGCAACGAAGUCAUGAAGAAGCACGGCGGGACCUACGUGUUGAAGGGCCCCAAAUUCUGCAACUUCGACUUCGUCACCACGUGCGACCACCGGAACGCCCGCCACAUCUUCAGCACCAACUUCCGCAACUACGAGAGAGGCCAGGACUUCAACUACAUGUUCGAGGUCCUCGGGGACGGCAUCUUCAACGUCGACGGGGAGCUGUGGAAGUACCAGAGGCAGCUCCUUCAAUCCCUCAUCGGCAGCAACAACGAGGAGUUCGAGCGCCACAUGAUGGAGACGCUGCGUGAGAAGACCGAGACGGCCUUGUUCCCUGUCCUGGACGACGCUGCAUCGUCGUCCAGGCUGCAGGGAACCGAGGUUGUUGACGUGCAGGACGUUGUGAAGAGGUUCAUGUUCGACGCCAUUUGUUUGUUGGUGUUAGGGUUUGAUCCAGAGGAAAUGAGCUCGUCGGUGUCGUGGGCAGUGAAAGCAUGCGACGAGAUCACGGAGGCAGUGGCCUUCCGUCACAUUGUACCCGUGUGGAUGUUGAGGUUACAAAAUUGGUUUCAAGUAGGGACGGAGAAGAGGAUGAGAAGAAGCUGGAGAGCCAUGGAUCGAUUCCUGUACCGGUGCGUCAAGACCAGGAAGCAAGAACUAGCCUUAGCUAACAACGACAAGAUCUGCAAAGGAAAAGAUCAUCAACCACGACCGAAAUUCGAUCUAUUGACUCAAUGCUUGAUGGUUGAAGAAGAAAGAGAAGGAGAAGCAGUAGUAGAGAAACAAUCUGACAAGUUCCUGAGAGACACUGCACUCACACUGAUACUAGCCGGAAAGGAAACCAUAUCUUCUGGUCUCGUCUGGUUGCUCUGGCUGGUCGCCACCCACCCUCACGUCGAGAGAGCGAUUCUGGAUGAAAUCGAACAAUUUGUGGCGGUGAAUGGAAAAGCGGCCUUUUGGAGCAAGGGUGAGUUGACCACCAACAAAAUGGUGUACCUCCAUGCAGCAAUCUGCGAGACGUUGAGGUUGUACCCACCGGUGCCAUUCCAGCACAGAUGCGCCAUGGGAGAGGAUUUGUUACCUAGCGGGCAUCGGGUUCGAAAGGGAGCGAGGAUGAUAUUCUCCAUAUGCUCCAUGGCCAGGAUGCCACAGAUAUGGAGCGAGGACUGUGCAGAGUUCAAGCCCGAGAGGUGGAUCAAUCGUGGAACCGGAACCAUACUGCCCGUGCCAUCCCACAGGUUCAUGACGUUCAUGACCGGACCGAGGACUUGUUUGGGGAGGGCAAUGUCCUUCCUUCAGCUCAAGUCGCUUGCUAGUGCUAUCCUGUGGAACUACAAGCUCGAGGUGGUUGAGGGCCAUCCCGUGAAGCCAGCACUUUCGGUGGUUACUUCGAUGAAGCAUGGCUUGAAGAUGAGAGUUUCCAAGAGAAGAUAAAUCAUAAAAUGCAAUGUUUUUAUUAAUAUGAAUUAUAUUAUGCUCUCCUACUAAUGUAACCAUGUUUCAGAAUCCAGAUAUGAUGUUGCCAACUUGGUUUUGGAGAAAAUAAAGGGUAGAAUAAUGUGUUUCUCAAUAAAUUGAUUAUGUUUGAAAUAGUAAUUAUUUAGUAGUGUGGUAAGGCGACAGAUCAACCACCGAAUUGCAUUCAAUGUGAUUUUUGAAAACGUAGGAUUUCUAUUUUCUACCAAAUGGAACCUCGUGGUCGCUCCAUGCAAAUCGAUUUCUCCAUCCAAAUGGAACCUCAAAAUCCAUAAUCCACAUCGACUUUUCUACGUCUUUUACAUAUGAAUUAUGAUCAUGCAUUAGACUAGACCUGGAGUAGACUCCCCCAUGCAUUUCGAAACACUUAAUUGAUGGGCUAACUCAUGACCGCUCCAGCAUUCAAUGACAACUUUGUUUUCUACGCCUUUCAAGCAAUAUGUACUGUUAAGUUUAUGAGGUUAACGACUUCAGUUAGUGGUAGAGUUAAGUUGAAACUAUGAGGAGCGGUAUACUCUCUCGAAUGUGCAUUUCACAAUUUCUUUUACGCCAAUGACAGAAAAAUGUAACGAGCUACUUUAUCAAAUUAGUAGUCUUCAAUACCAACACAUCAAUACUCAUCCCUCAUUAAUUGUGGUCAAUUUAUUCAAAUUAAAAAGUCAUUCAGACGAAAUGUUCAUAUUAGUUGGAGCUAUUGUUAAACCCCGUAGCACACUCGCCAUUCCCUUUGAGAACUAUAUAUAUAAUAUGCUUUCCCAGGAAGGGGGUAUAUAAAGUGGUUGCAAUAGUUUACUCGUUCGUUCCAUUUGCACUCAUACAUGAUAUUUUAUUUAUUGAAAUGACACAAAUAACAACCGUAUAGCUCACACAAGUACCCAUCCUAUUUAAUUAUCAAUGACAGAAUAUAUUCGCUAUUUAAUU